AUGGUGAAAUUAGAGAGUUUGAGAUCUGGUGGUUGUGAGGAGGCCACUUUCAAAGGUAUAGCGGAAACAAUGCAGAAAAUAUCAGAUGUGUUGGAAAUAACAGAGAAUAUAAGGAACGUGUGCUUCCUGGCACACGUGGACCACGGAAAAACGACGUUGUCAGACGCGCUGAUCUCAAGCGUAGGAAUCAUCAGCGAAAAACUGUCAGGAAAGCUGAGAUACCUCGACAACAGAGAUGACGAGCAGAGAAGAAUGAUAACAAUCAAGUCGUCGAGCAUAUCGCUGCUGUACUCAAAAUCGGAGCUCUUAAACGAGAAUGUAACGGGAGAAACAGCCAAAAAGGACAAAAUAUUGAUUAACCUGGUGGAUUCCCCAGGACACGUGGAUUUCUCAAUAGAAGUGUCGACAGCAGCAAGACUGUGCGACGGAGCACUGCUGAUAGUGGACGUGGUGGAAGGAAUAUGCCCGCAAACGAGAGCAGUGCUGAAGCAAGCAUGGAGAGAGAACGUGAAGACAGCGCUGGUGCUCAAUAAGAUAGAUAAGCUGAUACUGGACCUGCACAUGACGCCGCUGGAGGCGUACAAAAGAAUGAGCAACCUAGUAGAGCAAGCAAACGCACUUAUCUACCAGUUGUACAUGGAAGAGGUGAUGAAAAAGUACGACACGCCAGAUAUGCAGAAGAGCGAAAAGUGGUUCUACUCGCCGUCGGAAGGAAACGUGGCAUUCUGCAGCGCAAUACACAGAUGGUGCGUGUACGUGCCAGAGUUCGUGUGCCAGGUGGGAAGUAAGCUGGGCAUAUCGCAGAAUAAGCUGGACAUCGUGCAGAAGUCGCUCUGGGGAGACUACUACUACUGCACGAAGACGAAGAGCAUCAAGGUGUGCAAGAAUCAGGAAAAGCCAAUGUUCGUGCAGUUCGUGCUGGAGCAGGUGUGGAAGGUGUACGACGCAGUGCUGAGCUGCGACGUGGAGUACAUAAAAAAGGUAGCAGCGCACUCGAAGGCGAAGUUCAGCAGUAGGCAGCUGAAGCUAGACCACCUGCUGCAGACGAUACUGAGUAACUGGCUGCCACUGUGCGGAGGAAUCUUCAGACUAAUAGUGGAUUCACUGCCGAGUCCACUCACGGCGUCGAGAAAGAGGCUGAAAAAAAUAUGCCCCUCAAUCACAAACUACGCAAAAUACGAGCAGAUACUGUCGCUGGACAAGGAGGCACCAGUGAUAGUGCACAUCGCAAAGUUCCUGGGCUCGGACCUGAGCCACAUGAGGCUGACGAGAGACGUGCUCCAGGGAGACGAAAAGGCGGACGACUUCGUGGCAUUCUCAAGAGUCUUCAGCGGAAAGGUGUCGAAGGGCGACGCGCUCUACAUAUGCAAGUACCUGAACAACAACCUGAGUCCGGAGGAGAUGGAGAGCAUAAGCGAGUUAGACGAGCCGUACGAAGACGUGCACAUCAAGGUGAGGAUCAACAAGGUGAUGAUACUGAUGGGAUCGGAGCUGAUCGAAGUGGAGACGGCGCACCCAGGGAACAUAGUGGCGCUGUCAAUAUCGACGAGCCAGAGCGACAUAGCGCCGAACAAGGAGGACUACAUUAUCUGGGUCCACGCAGAUAUUAUAUGCCGAGAUAGUGACAACCACACAAUACCAAUUGUACUGACGCAAUGUGUGCAGGUAAAGGACGUGAUGGCGUGGCUGCUGUCGCUGACAGAUCCGCACAGGAAGAAGAUGUACACGCUCGAAGGAGGCUACAACAGGAACAAGAUCACGAGGACGAGGACGCUGUGUUCAGUGGACAGGCACCUGACGCUUUCAAACGACCCAGAGUUGCCGCCGUUUUCGUCGCCAACGAACGAGUUCAAUAACUCGAUAAUAAGAGUGUCAGUGGAACCGCAGAAUUUUAAAGACAUGGACCAGCUGCUGACAGGGUUGGCGCUGCUGUACACAGCAGAUCCGGCAGUAGAAAUUGACAUCUUGAAGACCGGAGAGUACAUACUGGCGUGUUGCGGAGAGGUUCACCUGGAAAGAUGCAUAUCAGACUUGACGAACCUGUACGCAAAAAUACCAAUCAACACGUCGAAGUUCAGAGUGUCGAUAAGAGAGGGAAUAGUGGACCUGAAGAAUAACAUGAGUUCGCACCUGUUGUCGAAGAAGGUCAACUUCCCACCGUGGAAGAGUAUGCCCUCGGAAGAAGGGCAGAGAGGAAGCGAGGAAAACUUGGGGAAUGAGUCGGAAGUGGUGGAUGAAAAUUACAAGCCGGAAGAAAAGGCGAACCACAUACAGGUGGUGCCAGAACUGUACAUAACACAGGAGUCGGUGAACAACGGACUGGAGUACUUUAAGAUCUCAGACGACUUCGCACUCUUUUUGACAGCAAGGCAAAUGAAUAGUUCAAUACUUGAGUAUUUGGAUGAAAACAGCAGGGAGAUGAAGGGGCUUAUAUACAGCGGAGAGAUACCGAGCAGAUUUGAAGGAUGCACACUGAACGAGAGUCUGGAGCAAAUAGAAAAGGAAAUAUACGAGCUGAUAAACACGAAGCCGACGAGUAAACAGAGUAAGAGCGGGUCGAAGGGAGCAAGAAUGGACAGAAACGAAGAAGGGUCGAGCGCCUGGGGAGACCUCUGGGCAAUCAGCUUUAGCAAGGGGAGCAGGUGUCUUCUCUUUUACAAAAGUAAAAGCACCAUCUUCAAAAACACGUCGCAAAAAAUGCUGUCAAACGUAAAGUGGAGUUUCUCAGAGUCGUACAACAGAAGUAGCAUCUACUCGCAGAAAAACGGAAAGAUGAUCUCGAACAUAAUAUCAGGCUUUGAAUUGGCGUCGCAGUCAGGACCACUAACAGAAGAGCCGCUGAGAGGAGUGGUGUUUGUAAUCGAAGGGAUAUAUAUGAGGGAGGACAACCUGUUUGCAAACAAUACAGCAGCGUCGCCAAAGCAAGUAAAACAGACGUACGCCCAGGAAAAGGAGUUUGCAAUAGAAGACGUUAACCUGAAUGACCUGAACAUAAACAUUAACAAGGACUUCAACAACAUAUUAAACAAGUUUACAAACGAAAGUGACCACAAGAAGUACAAACUGAAGGACUGCGAAGGCGAGAGAGACAUCAGGUUUGAAGCGAGGAGGGAGGAGAGGGAAGGGAGCGUGUUCUCAGGCUCAGUGGAAACGUCGCUGCGUCUAAGCGACAGCUGCACGGCGACGUCCUCAAAAAGGUCACACUCAAUGACAACAUGGAAGUUGAUGUCGAACAUGAGGAGACUGUGUCGGAAAACAUAUAUGCAGAGAGGAAGAACGAGAAUAUAUGAAGUAAUACUACGCCUAGACCUUCAAUGUGAUCAGAAUGUGCUUGGGAAGAUAUAUAACGUAUUGCAAAAGAGAAGGACACAGAUACUGAGCGAAAACGUGAAGGAGGGAACGACGACGUUCGUAAUAGAAGCGACGAUGCCAGCAAGCGAGUCGUUCGGCCUGGCACAAGAUCUGAGGUCGAAGGCGUCGGGAGGAGUAAUAUUCCACCUGCAGUUCUCGCACUGGGAAAUGCACCCAGACGACCCGUUCCCAGAAACUACGAUGACGGACUCGGAACUGGAGGACGACGGAUUCAACAUUGCCCUGUUGCUGCAAUCGAACAUACCAAGAAAAAUAGUUAACGACAUAAGAAAAAUUAAAGGACUUCCAACGGAAGAAAAGGUGGUGGCCGCACCUGAAAAGCAAAGAACACUCUCGACGAAAAAAUAA